AUGGUGAUUGGUCUAACUAUUGGCCAGGCCUAUUUGCUUAAGGUUCCCAAAUUUGUGGCCAAGGAGUGGAGACAAAUGGAGGAUGGGAACUUGCUAGCUACUUUGCAAAUGGAAGGGAGGGAAAUAAAAGGGAUUACAAUGUCAGUUAAUGGCGAACAGAGAGUUUUGUUAUGCAAAGCAAACGAGAUUUCCAGAGCCAACUCCUUUUUGUGUUCAGAAAGUGAUCCACAUUCUGUAGAGUUCGCAAAAAUCGCAGCUUCAUACACCCUUGUUCCACCUCUCGACGAUAGGUAUCGUAAGGAGUUAAAACAACGUCACUUGAAAGACAACAUCAAGAGGGAUCGCUAUGUAACAGAAGAGACCAGACCAGAUCCUCCGUUUGACUCGAUACAAACAUUGUUCAAAUUUUACAACCCCAAGACAGGAAUACAAGUGCUGGACAGUGGAUUGCAAGAGGCACCUUUUGAUAGAUCUAAGAACAGAUUUAGGAAGCAGGAAAACCUGGAUUAUGAUACCAUAAAAAUGAAAAUUUUCAAAUUGUUUGAGUCCGAUGCUGCCGCCAACGGACUACAGUUGAAGCAGAUUGCUAUGAGCAUUGGCCAAUCAAUGCUAACGACAAAGGUUUUGGUAGAAGAUGUGGCACAGUUAAAAAGGUCUAAGGAUAGGAAGAUGUUAUACUUUUUGAAGGAUCAAUUCAAUCCUGCAGUAACGUUAGCAAACGAAACGCCAUUCGGCGACAAACCGAUUAAUUUUAACUGA